AUGCAGUGUACCAAGAAGGGGUGGCUGCCCAGAGGUAACAUAGACGACUACUGUAAUCACUGCUGUAUACAUGACGACUCCCCACUUCUUCACCUUCGACGGUCACCAGUACGACUGGCACGGUACUGUAACUACUCCGAGGCUCAGACUGAUAUGACUUAUGACCCCGAGGCUGGUGUCUUCAGUGACUUUGAACCGUGUUUUCAGUGUCCUUCCUGCCUCGGAUACACCGCUUUCAAGGACGAUAAACACACCGUGAUAUCAUUGGGCUCCAGUGUGUUCAACCUACUGUUGAACGGCGACCCCUACACGGUACCUGCUAUUGGGGCGGAACAAGUGCGGUGUUCAUCCAAAGUUCACUCUGUUCUGGCGUGGCUCAACAGCCAGUGUAGUGUACUAUGCUACUAA